AUUUAUCAUAUGGUGACACUGGCUUAUUUGAGGAAAAGAACCAUGUUGAUUCUGGCUUUUCACAUGUCUGCAGCAGAAAGGGUUUUCUAAAGAUUGGUUCUUUUUCAUUGAAUCUCUUACUUUGGAACACUCAAUUCAAAUGGGGUUGUAAAGUUCAUAGACAAGAAAAGGAUUAAGAAUCAUUAGCCAUUUGAAGUGUUUGAUUUGAUGUGAUGUUGUCAAUGUCUUUGUGUUACCAAUCUCAAACAUUAUUGGGUUGUGUAAGUAUUCUUAAUCCAAACAACCUUAAUCCUAGGUACUACUUGUGUAAGUCAAGAUCAUUGAAAGUUCUAUCUACACCCCCAUCUUCAGUUCUAUUGAAUGCAGAUGAAAGUGGUAAAUUUUCAAACAAGUUUGAUUCCUCAAAAAACCAUGUUGAUUCUGGAAAGAAUGAUUCUUUUUCUGUUUCUGUUACUCCUUUUGGUUAUCAAGGAACAACUGUUGGAAUAAUUGGAGGCAUGUCUGUUGACGCAACUCUCAAUUUUCUAAGAAAACUUGUUGAGUUGAGUUCACAAGAUGAACAAAAACCAAUUCCAUUUUUGCUUUGUUCUGAUCCAAUUUUGAAUAAGGAGCUUCUUUCCUAUGAAAGAAGUUUAGAAAGUUUUAAACUUGAUUCUACUCAGAUUGUGGAGAGUCUUAGAAAUAAGAGGGUUUUUCUCGAGAAUUCGGGUGCUCGUUGUAUAGUUAUGCCUUGUAAUGUUUCACAUUCUUGGUAUGAACAAGUAUCCAAAGGUUGUUCUGUCCCUUUUCUUCAUAUGGCUGAUUGUGUUGCUAAGGAGCUUAAAGAAGCUAAGUUAAAGCCACUUGAAGCUGGUAGUCCUUUGAGGAUUGGUGUGCUUGCAACAAAUGCAACUUUAGCAGCUGGUUUUUAUAAGGAGAAGCUUCAGAAUGAAGGUUUUGAGGUUAUCCUGCCUGAUAGAGCAACUAUGGAGCAUACAGUGAUACCUGCGAUUGAAGCUUUGAGCCGAAAGGACAUGGAAGGGGCAUGCAAUCUAUUGAGAAUUUCGCUUCAAGUUCUUUUGGUGAGGGCAGUUAAUUUUGUUAUCCUUGCUUCUGAUGAAAUGCGGGACGUCUUGCCUCAUGACGAUCCUCUUCUCAAGAAAUGCAUCGACCCAAUGGAUGCCUUAGCGCGAUCAACUAUCAAAUGGGUAAGAUCUUCUGGUGAUAAUACAUGAAAAACAAUAGAAAACAACGGUUGUAUUUCGUUACGUAUCAAUCAAUAUUCUUCUGAUUUCAUUGAUAUUCUGCAUUUUGAACUCAUCGAUACUGUAACAAGCCAAAUAUGCAUGUUCAAAUCAAAUUUUUUAGCUUAAAGAA